UUGCAUCGAGGAACAGGAAGUGGAUCCUGGGUUCACUGGAGAAUCCACUGUCUGCUGCUGCAGCCCUAAGAAGGGAAUUCUUCGUCACUGGCCUCCCAUCCGUUUAUGCCCUAGAGUUGCAUCAGUGGAAGGUAUUGUGGAAAUUCAUUCAAUUCAUUCAUGAUAUGGUUUCUAGAUUCUUCAGUGUCUCAUGUUUCAGAAAAUUAUAAAGUUGCUAUGCUAUAUUCUUUAUGUCAUAUGUGCAAAUUUAAAUGUAUUAAGACAAUCACUAGGCUGGGCCCAGUGGCUCAUGCUUGUAAUCCUAGCACUUUGGGAGGCUGAGGAGGGUGGAUCAUGAGGUCAGGAGUUCGAGACCAGCCUGGCCAAUAAGGUGAAACCUCAUCUCUACUAAAAAUACAAAAAAAAAAUCUACCCGGGUGUGGUUGUGUACGCCUGUAUUCCCAGCUACUCGGAAGGCUUAAGCAGAAGAAUUGCUUGAACCCGGGAAGCCUCCCCGCGAGUUCCAGUGAGCCUAGAUCAUGCCACUGCACUCCAGUCUGGGCUGCAGAACAAGACUUAGUUUAAAAGAAAACAGAAAAAAAAGACAACAACUAGUACUAUGGCUACAGGAGUAAAAGUGCAUUUCCAUUCCAGAAUUGGAUUUCCUUUUAAUAGUAAAGAACGUCUCAGUGCAACUUGCAGACAUUUUGCUGAUUAUUAAACAUUAAGUAAAAAGGAUCUUUUCCUGAGACAGUGUUGCCAGGUAUUUUAAUUAAUGGAUGUCAGUUCAAACUGUUUUGAAUUAACCUAAAAAUUAGGGAAGAAAAUUUCCAUAAACUCACCUUCCUCAGUUUUCUUUUGUGAUCACAUCUUAAGUGAAUGUGAUAACACUUGUUACAAGGUUACAGCUGAACCAAUAGUGAUACAUUCUUACUAAUGGAACACUAGAAUUAACAUCUACUUUCACUCUGUGUUGUCAGGUCUGUGAGUUUUGACAAUCUCAUGAUGUCAUUUAUCUCCCAGACAGAAUAGUUUUAUGUCCUAAACAUGACCUGUGCUGCACCUAUUAAUGCUGUCUUCUGAGGACUCCUGAUAACCAUGGAUGCUAAGUUUCUGUUCUUAACCUAUCUCUUUCACAGACACCAGCCCCCUGUCCCCAACACCCAAGGUUACCUAAGGGAUUUUUUUUUGGUAGAAUCAACAUAUGGACAGUCUGUGUUUCCUAGAUCACAAAAGGAAAAGUUUAGUUUCUACCAGUAUUUGCGGGUUGUUUGUGUGUGUGUGUGUGUGUGUGUGUGUGUGUUUGAGAUGGAGUCUUACUCUAUCGCCCAGGCUGGAGUGCAGUGGUGUGAUCUUGGCUCACUGUAACCUCCUCCUCCCAGGUUUAAGCAGUUAUCCACCUUUGCUUCCCGAGUAGCUGGGAUUGCAGGCAUGUGCCACCAUGCCUGGCUAAUUUUUUGUUGUUGUUGUUUUGUUUUGUUUCAUUUUGUUUUUGAGAUGGAGUCUCGCUUUGUUGCCAGGCUGGAGUGCAGUGGCCCAAUCUUGGCUCACUGCAACCUCUGCCUCUCAGGUUCAAGCAAUUCUCCUGCCUCACCCUCCUGAGUAGCUGGGACUACAAGCUCCUGCCACCAAACCCCACUAAUUUUUGCAUUUUUAAUAGAGAUGGGGUUUCACCAUGUUGGCCAGGAUGGCCUUGAUCUCCUGACCUCGUGAUCCACCCACCUUGGCCUCUCAAAGUGCUGGGAUUACAGGCAUGAGCCACCAUGACUGGCCUCUUUUUGUAUUUUUGGUAGAGAUGUGGUUUCACCAUCUUGACAAGGCUGGUCUUGAACUCUGACAUCAUGAUCCACCUGUGUCAGCCUCCCAAAGUGCUCAAAUUACGGGCACCCACCACCACUCCUGGAAAAUCUUUGGUAUUUUGAGUAGAAACAGCGUUUCACUAUAUUAGCCAGGCUGGUCCUGAACUCCUGAUCUUGUGAUCUACCAACCUUGGCCUCCCAAAGUUCUGGGAUUACAGGCCUGAGCCACUGUGCCUGGCCUUUUCUUUCUUUUUUUCCUUUUUUUUUUUUUUUGGCUUCCAUAGAGUAAAUAUUGAAGAAACCACUGAAACACCAACUUGGGUGCCACAUUUUCAGUUAAUUCCCAUUAAUUGCUUAUUCAGGGUCAUUCAGUUAAAGGGAAGUUUAUUCUUGGCACAGCCAUCAGGUGGUAGGUAGUUUGGAAUAUCCUGAGUUCUGAACUGGCUUGAGAGCCAAGCAGAACUUAGUCCCUUUGUGUGGUCAAUUGAUCAUGGAGGGGUGCUCACUGCCAGACAGAUGACAGUUCUGGGCUCUGGGUAGGAUGAACAGACAUUUAAAUUUGUUCCACAAAAAGGCUUUGUUUGCAGGAAAGUGCCAUAUUUUAGCCUAGGAGUUAAAACCAAGAAACAAGAGUUUUGUUUAAUGGGUUGAGCUCUUCUCUGGACUCAGCCACCUCUUCCAGGACAUCAGCCUUCCUGAAGAGCCCUUGGUGCUGGAGGAUUCAGAAAGGGAGUGGUAAAUGCUCCAGGUUCAGGGUCCCGGUUAUGAUUUAGAGGCCUCAGGUGUUCAGGGAUCUCUGUCCCCAGAAAACCAACCAAAUAUUUGUUUAAGAUCUAUCAUUCAUCAGCAUCGUGACUCAAGGCAGGUAGCUUCAAAUCUCUUUAUUUCACUUUCUUGAACUGUCAACUCUGGGUGGCAGCUCCUGCUCUGCCCAUCUCUCUGAACCAAUGUGGGCAUCACAGGAAAGAACAUAAAUUUUUCCCAAUUCCUAAAACAUGGACCCAUGUCAAGAAUGAAGAGAAUUUUAUCCUCCACUGUCCUGGAGUCCCUUAAGCGCCUUCUCUGUAUUUACCACUACCAAGGGCUUGGCUUAUUCUUCCAGGCAUAAACUAGUUAAGCACUUUAUGGCACUUAGGAAGCACCCACCUUGUUAAGGCUUUAUGUCUGCUUCACUAUUUUUACCUUUUAACAUAACAUAGGCCAUUAUCAACAUUUCCCCAUUCAUACCAGGGAGUGGAGGCACAGAGGGGUCUAUAGAACUUCCUCAGGUUUAAGCAGCUUCUCAGAAGGCCUUGAGCUCCUAUCUUAUGCACCAGACCCUAUGCUCUUGGUCAUUCCAAUAUACUACCUUUCUGUAAUAUCUCAUCUCAAUACAGGUAUUUGCCUGCAGUUUCAAGUGAAACCCACAGUGCAAGUUUUUUCUGAAGCCCAACUCAGAUUCAGGGGGCUUUGCUCUGCAGAAGAUGAACAAUGGGAUCAAACAUUUAAGCUGUGAAUAAAUAAAUGUUCAUUUAUCUGAUCUUCUGCAGCAAAAUAUCAACAGCUAUUUUUAUUUUAAUUUAUUUCCAUGUUCCAUCCAUGAUGGGAGAGUGGAUCCAGGGAUCAGUGAAGAAUCCACUGUUUGUCACUGCAAGCGUAAGAAGGGAAUUUUCCAUCACUGGCUUCCCAGCUGUAUACGCCCUAGAGUUGCAUCAAUGGAAGGUACAAUAGAAAUUCAGUCAUUCAGUUCAUUCAUGAUACGAUUUCUAGAUUCUUCAUUGUCUCUCAUUUCAGACAAUUAUAAAAUUGCUACACUAUAGUUUUAUUUUAUGUGUGCAAAUUUAAAUGUAUUAAGUCAAUCACUAGUGCUACAGGAGCACUCCUACAGGAGUAAAGGUGUAUAUUUUUUAUUCCUGAUUUGGGUUUAUUUUUAAUAAUAAAGAACACCUGAGUUCAACUUGUAGACAUUUUGCUGAUUGUUAAAUAUUAAGGAAAAAGAAUGUUUUUCUGAGAUAAUGUUGCCAGGUUUGUAAAAUAAUGGACGUCACUUCAAACUGUUUUGAAUUAACCUAAAAAAGGAGGAAGUGGUACAGAAAAUUUUUAUAUACUCACCUUCCUCAGGUUCCUUUUUGUGAUGACAUCUUAUGUGAGUGUGGUAACACUUGUGAUGAUGACUGUGCCAAUAGUGGUACAUUCUUAUUAGUAAUAGUCUAGGGUUAGCAUGAAGAUUCAUUCUGUGUUGUCCGGUCUAUGGGUUCUGACAAACUCACAAUGUCCUUUGUUACCCUGGCAGAAUAAUUUCACAUCCUAAACGUGACUUGUGCUGCACCUAUUAAUUCCUGAUUUUCUUCCUGAUGAUUCCUGAAAACCAUGGAUGAUUUUAUUGCCUGCAUAGGUUUCCUUUUCCAGAAUUUUAUACAGGUGGAAUCAUAGAGUAUGUACCUCCUCAUGACUAACUUACUUUACAUAGCAAUAUACAUGUACGAUCUUGUAUAUCUUUUUGAAACUUAACAGUUUAAAAUUUUUUGUCAGUGAAUAAUACCUUAUUGGGUUUGUCAAACAGUGUCAGUUGGUUCAUUCACUUCCUGAAAAUCAUUUCAGCUGCUCCUUCCAAUCUGGACAAAUAUGAAUAAAGCUGCCCACAUUCUUGGGCACAUUUUAUGAUGAACAUAAUUUCUAAAUUCAGCUGGGUAAAUAUGUAGAAUUCUGAUCACGUGCUGGUAAGACUAUAUUUUCUAUCAUAAGAGUUAGGUAGAAUUCAACUGUAAAAUCGUUUUGUUAAAGUUAUUACUUAGUGAUUUAAUUCUAUAAUAGAUAGAAGCCUACCCAGACUAUCUGUCUCUCCUUUGGGUAGCUAUGGUAGUUGCUCCCUUUGUAGGCAUUUGUCUAUUUCAUCUAAGCUAGAAAAUCUGUGGGCAUAAACACUUGAAACUCGCAAGUUGCCUGCUUGGUUCUCUUCCAAGGGUACUGCGCUUCUUGUCAAUCCUCUAAAAGUUUUUAAUAAAGUUUCACUCCUGCACUAAAAAAAUUGCAGGCAUAGAUUUGUUCAACUUACUCUGUUGUUAUUUUCUUAAUGUUCAUAGGAUCAUCAAGGAUAAUUUCUCUCUUAAUUAUAUUAUUUGUACAUUGUGUCUUUUUUCAUUUUUUUUCCUUUGUUUGUACAUUGUGUCUUCUAUCUUUUCUUUGUGAUUAGCCGGGCUGGAGGUUUACCAAUCGUAUUGAUCUUUCCUAAGAGGCAGCUUUUGGUGUUGUGUUCUUUUUCUAAUUAAUUCUGUUACAUUGAUUUCUGCAAAUACUACUAUAUUUGGAGGGAGGGAGGUUGCCUGGUUUACAUUACACUACACUUUUUUCUCUAGUUUCCUAAGGUGGAAAGUAAGAUAUCUGGAUAUGGAUUAUUUUUAGUUUACUGCACAGAAUUGUGAAUGGCACUAAUGCCACUGAAGUGUGCACUUGAUUAUCAAAAUAAUACUAUUAUGUACUUUGGCCACAAUAAUGAUUUUAAAGCCAAUAAAAUGGAUGAUAAGUGCAGGAGGAGCAUAUGUAGAUCCAGGAGAGAUGAAUGACAUAACGUUUCAAGAACGAAAAAAGGACAUUUACCAGGCCUCAAAAUGCACAGGGGGAUGACGGGACACUGUCAUGAAAUCACCAGUGCAUUUGUGUGUCACCCUGUGUGAACACUGCCUAUUUCACAGUAGCGAGGGGGUCUUAGCCAGAGAACCAGGCCCUGAUCUGUGGCUUUCCUGAGUCUCAUUUGCCUUUCCUCAUCACCAAGGAAGGUGUCCCAGUGGCAGCCAAGUUUCUGUUCUUAACCUACCUCCUUCACACACACAAGCCCCCUGUCCCCAACACCCCAGGUUGCCUAAGGGAUUCCUUCAGUGGAAUAUACAUACUGACAGUUACUCUGUGUUUCCUAAGUCACAAUGAGGACCUGGUGCAGGAGCCUUCAUCUGAGGCUGUCCCAGGCAUUCACAUGGACCUGCUCUUCAGCAGGAAGACCCUUCUGUGGACGCUACAGAGGAUGAGGUACAAUGGGAUAUGAAUGACAGGCCACUGGAUGUGUCUGAGUGAAGCUGCAGGACUGCAGCAAGCUGGGCCUGCUCUUCAGCAGGAGGACCCUUCCGUGGAUGCUGCAGGGGACAAGGAGGCUGCAGGACUGCAGCAAGCUGGAAGAGUCAUCUUUACUUACCCAAUGGAUGAAAUUUGUUCUAGCAGAAAACCUUCCUGGGAUAAAUUCAACAGAACAAGUUAUAGCCAUUUACAAGAACUGGAAGACUCCAUCGCAGGCAGCCAUCGGCAGGUGGAAGAACGUUCUAAACCUGCAGAAAAAGCAACAAAGAAGCUGAAGGUGAAGAAGGAAAGGAAAACCAGUAAGCCCAGGAAGAAUACCAGGCGGCAUGCCCAGAACAUUUUGCACAUUUGUAAAAUAAGUUAGAAACCGCUGAAGAUGCCUCGAACACCAGGAAGAACCCUCAUGGAAUGUCAACAUGGCUCAAACUUGAUGUGGAUUCUGAUUAUUUGAAAUCUGUGUUACUCUGAGAACUUUUAUAAUCUUUGCUUAAUUUGUUUUUAAAUAUUUUCCUGAUCUUAACCUCUGUUUUUUUAGAGGGCAUAAAUUGUUCUUGUGUUGUUUCUGUUUUACAUUUUUUGAUGAAGUUAUUUUUCAAUUGUUUUCAGCCUUUUUGAAGUUUUGUUCAUCCAGUUUUGAGUUUUUGUAAUUUUGAUGGAUAUUUUUGUGUGUGAUUUAUUUCAUUUUCUUAAUGGCUUUUAUCUUAUUUUUAAAAAAAAUUCAUGUUAUGGUAAGUUACAUGAAGAUAGAGCAUGUUUAUGUUUUGUAGUGGUUGAUAUUCUGUAUGUAUUUGACAUAUAUAAGUGUUAACGGCCUCGUGCAGUGGUAACUGCCUGUAAUCCCAGCAGUUUGAAUGAUCAAUGCAGGAGAACUGCUUAAUUCCAGGAGUUUAAGACCAGCCUGGGAAACAUAUUGAGAUCUCAUUCCUAUAAAAAAAAAUAUACUUUUUAAUUAGCUGGGUGUGGUGGCAUCCAUCUGUAGUCCCAGCUACAUUGGAGGCUGAGUGAUGAGGAUUGCCUGAGCUCAGGAGGUUGAGGCUGCAGUAAGCCAUGACUACAUCACCACUGCAUUCCAGCCUGCGUGACAGAGCAAGACCUUCUUUUUUUUUUUCUGAAGACAGAGUUUCACUCUCGUUACCCAGGCUUUAGUGCAAUGGCACGAUCUCAGCUCACUGCAAUCUCCGCCUCCUGGGUUUAGGCAAUUCUCCUGCCUCAGCCUCCUGAGUAGCUGGGAUUACAGGCACACACCACCAUGCCCAGCUAAUUUUUUGUAUUUUUAGUAGAGACGGGGUUUCACCAUGUUGACCAGGAUGGUCUCGAUGCCUUGACCUCGUGAUCCACCAGCCUCGGCCUCCCAAAAUUCUGGGUUAAAAAAGUGUUAGGAAGGACAUUAACCUAGUCUCGGAGGCCAAAAUCUCCUUUAAAUCCUCCUCCUGCAAAGCAGUUCUGUGCCAGUUGAUGCAUUCAUCACGGGCGUGAAGGAAAGUCUAGGGAUAAUUAAUACUUUCCAGAUGAAGCUAAAUGAUAUGAAUCUCUAAUUUUGAACAGGGAUAAGGGGAAAACAGAUGAAUGCAGAGUCUAACUGGAAAAAUGCCUGGAGAUGACUAUAACAGAGCUUAUUGUAAAAACAUCUGCCUGGAAAGUGCUGUUAAAAAAAUUAAAAAUAAAUAAAAAAAAAUAAAAAGAUCAAGCGGCAACAACAACAAAAGUGUUUAUUGAUACCAGUUAUAAAUCUAGCUGUUCAUUGCAGAACAAAACCAGUUUGUUGCAGAAAUAAGCACUUGGAGGGAAAUGUUACAUUUUCACUACAGGCCUUGAAGUCUGCUACCAGCUGUGGUCCUUUCAGGGUUCUGUGGUUCCUAGUUCCAGAGAAAUCACUUGCUCCAGCGUAACGAGUGAAGAGUUCUUUAGAUGAUAGCUGCUGGACCUGGUUUUGCUGUUCUCUUCACUUUCUUGUAAGCCUUGUGUUGAUGAAGUUCAGUUGUGUAUUAGUGUACUAACUGUGUUUUGAGCUUCUCCAAGCAUGUGCAAGCAAUUUGAGAGGAGCUUCAUAUGUGCAAGGAAUUUGAGAGAAGCAUUUUAAGGAUGUUUUAUUUGGUGGGUCAGGUGAGAAAGAUAACAUGGGGGCAAGAAGAAAAGUUAUUAAUUAAUGUAAAACCACCAGCUCUUCAUCACCUAACUUAUAAUUUACAGACACUGAGCACAUUGCGGUUUGAGAAUGUGUUUGGUCCUUUUUGUAGCCUUGCACUGUGCUCUUUGGAGCUGUGGUGUGCUGCUUUUUCUCACAAUUUUGUGUCCUGUAGAUUGUUCUUGAUGCUGGAAAACAUUUUGAAGACAAGACUCUAAACAGUGACCUAUGCCACACUACUUUAUUAGAAAAUGAAAAACUUACAUUACUGACAAUCUUGGAAGACUCUUCUUUUCUGCAGUGACCUGUAUUUUCCUGGUCUUUACUUUGCUUCUCUGCUUUAUUCUCCUUUUUUGUUGCAAUAGUUAAAAGGCCAACUUCUGGGACGUUUUUAUCCUCCUCUUUUCUUCCUACCUGCCAGCAUUCAAAAGGCCAUCUCUAUUAAGGGAUAAAAUUCAAGAAUUUAUUUCUAUAUAUUAAUCCUGAUAUGAUUUCACUUAUCCUUCAGUUUAACAUUUAGAGUACGAAGUUGUCAUCUGGAGGUGCCACUCAGUAUACAGCACUGUGUUUAGAAAUUGGGGGAGCCAUGAAAUAUUUAGCCUCUGUUCUCUGAGCCCUCAGCCAGGUGCAAAGAAGUGAUGCAAAACCACAUUUCAGAUUGUGUUAAUGUACACCCAGUUGUACCAGAAUGUGCCUGGGAAUAAUGGGAGUCAGAAAUUUAACUCAAAGGUAUGGCUGAAGAUUUAUGAAAUGAAAUGGGUCCUGUGUAGGCCUUAGAUGUGGGAGAAGGAGAAUGUGUCAGGAAGCAGAAACAGUAUCAGCAAAGGUGCUGCUGUGAGGCAGGUGGGCAGUGUUUGGGGAACAGCCAGGGGUUUUGUGUAACAGGUUUACAGCAACUGUGGGAGACUUGGUGAAUAAGCCCAGAGAAGUAGGCUGGGGCCUACUUAAAUUGAAAGUAUGCAUGGCUUUCAAGGCCAGCUGAGUGGUAUAUAUAGAAACUAUAAAUAGUAGCACAUUUAUUAAGGACAACUUUUGUUACCAACGAGCUUUUAAACUUUUUUCGAUUGUAUAAUAGGUGGAUAAAGAAUUAUUGACCUGAAUGUAUUCAAUCUUUGAGUGUUUUAGUAUGCUAGAUUAUUGGAGGUGAAAGGGCUAAGUCAAGCAAUGAGUGUUUUUGAGGCUUUUAAUAUUAAUUGCAAAAUUAACUUGUAAAAAGGCAGUGCCAGCUUAGACUGUGACAAAGAGUUCUUGUUAUAUUUUUUCCUUUCUGAGCUGGGUGUUACAUCAUGGAAACCCUCUGCAGUGUUUCCCCCCGCCCCCUGUUCCUCUCUUUCUUCCUUUUACUUCUCUUAGGAUAGGGUCAUCCAUAUGUUUCUGAUAGAGGUAAUCGUUUGCCACACCAUUUUCUGAAGGGCCUACUCUCUUCCCAUUUAUUUGUGAUGACACAUUUAUCCUACCCUAAGCUUUAAUAACAUGUUAGGAUCUUUCUGUCCUGUCCUAUUAAAGAGGUAAAAUUUUUUAUAAUGACAUACCUGAGUUAAGUUAUAAUAGUUUUGUCAUGUCAAAUAUAAAAACAAGCCAGGUGUGGUGGCUUAUUCCUGUAAACCCAGCACUUUGGGAGGUCAAAGCAGGUGGACCGCUUGAGUCCAGGAGUUAGAGACCAGCCUGGACAAUAUGGUGAAACACCAUCUCUACAAAAUAAUACAAAUUAGGCACAGUGGUGGAUGCAUAUAGUUCCAGUUACUCAGGAGGCUGAAGUAAGAUGGCUUGAGCGUGGGAGGUGAAGAUUGCAGAAAGCUGAGAUCACAACACUGCACUUCAGUCUGGGCAACAGAAUGAGACUCUAUCUCAAAAAAGAUGUAUACUUUAUUGAAUCAUUUAUAUAUGAUUGUUAUUUUUAUUACAUAUUGUUUAGUUCACUACUUUAAAGCCUGCUUUAUUUUUUCUUAAUUUUAUUGACUCAUUUGUGCCUUAGUCUGUUUUAUUAUAAAUUACUAUUUAGUCACUACCUUGGAGCCUGUUUUCUUUUUUAAAAAAUUUUAUUACACUUUAAGUUCUGGGGUACAUGUGCAAAUCUUGCAGGAUUGUUGCAUAGGUACACACAUGCCAUGGUGGUUUGAUGCCUCCAUGCCCCCAUUACCUACAUCAGGAAUUUCUCUUAAUGUUAUACCUUCCCAACCUCUUCAACCCCCACUAUCCCUUCCUUAGUCCCACACCCCCAACAGACCACAGUGUGUGAUGUUCCCCUCUCUGUGUUCAUGUGUUCUCAUUCUUCAACACCUACUUAGGACAGAACAUGUGGUGGUUGGUUUUCUGUUCUUGUGUCAGUUUGCCGAGAAUAGUUUCCAGAUUCAUUCAUGUCCCUGCAAAGGACAUGAACUCACCUGUUUUUAUGGCUGCAUAGUAUCCCAUAGUGUAUAUGUGCCACAUAUUUUUUAUUCAGUCUAUUAUUAAUGGGCGUUUGGGUUGGUUCCAAGUCCUUGCUAUUGUAAACAGUGCUGCAACGAACAUAUGUAUACAUGUAUCUUUGCACUAGUCCUCUCGUGUAACUCUCCAGAUCCGGCUCCUGCCUGUGGUCGACACCUUUCCAGGCCCAGCAUUGGCUUUUUGGCAUCCUCUUUCAGCUCAGAACGUUUUCAUGUCAGCCUCUCCAGUAUCAGCUCUUCCUCCUGGCUACAUUUACAGGCCCAACUCCUGCCUCACAACAUUUGGCCUAGCUCCUGCUCAGCUCCUAGCAGUCUGUGUAGGCCCCAGACUUCCUCAAGUUGGGCUUUCCAGGCCCACCUUCCGCCUCUCAGUGGCUGGACAGACCCACUUCCUGCCUACCAACAGCCUCUCCAGGCCCAGCUCUUACCCUUGAUGUUGGCCUCCCCAGGCCAUUUCUGCUUGCCUGCCUGCCUGCCUCAUGGCAGCUCCUGGCUCUCUGAUGCCCUUUUUAGGCACAUGUCAUGCCUCACCAUGGCCUCCCCAGGCUGAUGGAGGCUCCUGCUUUUCGGCAUCCUCUGCAGGCCCAGCUUGUUCUUUACUAGACCUUCCAGGCCUGCAGGCCCACUUCUCGGAAGCUUUUGGUGGCCUCUCUAAGCCCAGCUCAUACGCUCAUCCCUUUGUGGCCUCUCCAGGCCCAGGUGCUGCCUUCUGGCAUCCAUUCUGGGCAAGCUUUUCCUCAUGGCUGCAUCUACAGGCCCCCGACCUGUCUUGCAACAACCUCUGUGAACUCAGCUCCUUGUGGCAUUUGUAGGCCCAAAAGGUCCUUAAAUCAAUCUCUUUAGGCCCACACAACUCAUGCCUCACGAUGGCAUCUCCAAGAUCAGCUCCUGCCCUCCGAAUGCAUCUCCAGGACCCAAAUAUGCUCAAGUCACCUACUAUUGGCUUGGCUCCAGCUUCCUCCUGGUGGCCUCAGAGGCCCACAUGUUCCUAAAGUUGGCCAAUUUAGGCCCAGGUCCUGCCAUCCUGGUGGCCUCUCUGGUUGCAAAACCUUCUCAUGUUGGUUCCUCAAGGGUGAGCUUCUGUCUCCUAAUGACCUCAUUGGGCUUAGCUCCUGCCUCCCAACAUCCUCUGUGGACUCAGCUUUUGCCCAGCUUCUGGUGUCCUGCAUAGGCCUGAAAGGCUCAUGGUGGCCUCCCCAGGCUCAGCUCCUGCUCUCUGUCGGCAUCUACAGGCCCCAAAAUUCCACAGGUUGGCUUCUCGUGGCCUGGCUCCAGCAACCUCCCAGUGGCCUGGGCAGGCCCAAAUGGUCUUAAUGUCAGCCUUUCCAGGCCCAGCUCCUGCCUCCCAGUGGCCUCUCCAGGCCCAAAGCCUCCUUUUGUGGGCUUUUCCAGGCCUGGCUCCUGCCUAUGGUAAGCCCUUCCGGGCCCAGCCUCUGCCUCCUAGUGGAUACAGGCAUGCAAUGUGUAAUAAUCACAUCAGGGUAAAUGGGAUACUCCUCAUCUUAAGCAUUUAUUUUUUCUUUAUUUAUUUUACAAACAAUUCAGUUAUGUUCUUUUCCUUUUUUAUUUUUCUUUCUUUUCUUUUUUUUUUUCUUUUUGCAUUGGAGUGUAGCUCUGUCUCCCUGGCUGGAGUGCAGUGGUGCAAUCUCAUCUCACUGCAAUGUCUGUCCCCGGGGUUCAAAUUAUUCUCCUGCCUCAGCCUCCUGAGUAGCUGGGACUAAUUUUUGUAUAUUAAGUAGAGACAGGGUUUUGCUAUGUUAGUUAGGCUGGUCUCAAACUCCUAGCAGGUGAUCCUCCUGCCUUGGCCUUCUAAAGUUCUGGGAUUGCAGGCAUAAGCCACCACAGCUGGCUUCUUUCAGCUGUUUUUAAAUAAGUAAAUUAUUGUAUACCAUUGUCACUCUGUUAUACUACAAAGUACUACAUCUUAUUCAUUCUGACUGUAUUUUCGUACUCAUUAAUUAUUCCUGUGAACCCACUCCAGCCCACUAUUCUUUCCAGCUUCUGGUAACCAUCAUCCUACUCUCUUAUUUUCAUAAGUUCAAUUGUUUUAAUUUUUAGCACCCACAAAUGACUGGGAACAUGCAAAAUUUGUCUCUCUCUUUCUGACUUAUUUUAGUUAAUAAAAUAGUCUCCAAUUCUACUCAUGGUGUUGCAAGUAACAGGUUUCUAUUCUUUUUCAUGGCUGAAUAAUACUCCAUUGCAUAUAUAUACCACUUUUUCUUCAUUCACCUGUUUUUUUGUUUCUUUUUUUUUUUUUUUUGAGACGGAGUUUUGCUCUUGUUACCCAGGCUGGAGUGCAAUGGUGUGAUCUCAGCUCACCACAGUCUCCACCUCCUGGGUUCAGGCAAUUCUCCUGCUUCAGCCUCCUGUGUAGCUGGGAUUACAGCCAUGCACCACCAUGCCCAGAUAAUUUUUUGUAUUUUUAGUAGAGACAGGGUUUCACCAUGUUGACUAGGAUGGUCUUGAUCUCUUGACCUCGUGAUCCACCUGCCUCAGCCUCCCAAAGUGCUGGGAUUACAGGUGUGAGCCACUGCACCUGGCCCCAUUCACCUGUUAAUGGACACUUAGAUUGCCUCCAAAUCUUGACUAUUGUGAAUAAUGUUGCAACAAAUGUAGAAAUGUAGAUAUUUCUUUGAUAUACUGAUUUUCUUUCUUUUGGGUAUAUACCCAGCAGUAGAAUUACUGUGUCAUAAAGUAGCUCUCUUUAGUUUUUUUUGAGGUCUUUCCAAACCAUUUUCCAUAGUGGUUGCACUAAUUUACAUUCUCACCAAGAGUGUACCAAGGUUCCCUUUUCUCCACAUCCUCAUUAGCAUUCGUUAACUGCCUAUCAUUUGGAUAUAAGCCAUUUUAACUGGGAUUGCAUGAUAGCUCAUUGUAGUUUUGAUCAGUGAUGUUGAGCAUGUUUUUAUAAAGAUGCCAUUUGUAUGUUUUCUUUUGAGAAAUGUCUAUUUAGAUUUUUUGCCCAUUUUAAAUUAGAUUAUUGAGCUUUUUGUCCUAUUAAUUUUGUUUUUACCUAAGCUCCUUAUAUACUCUAGUUAUUAAUCCCUUAGAUGGAUUCAGGAUUGGGUUUUGUCUUUAUUUUACACUUAAUUCUAAACCAUUGAAUGGUAUCAAGUAAAGAAUUGACAUAUUUAUAUUGGAAGAUGACUUUGUGUAUUUGCUACCUAUUGCUGUGUAACAUACUGGUCAGGUGCAGUGGCUCACCUGUAAUCCCAGCACUUUGGGAGGCCAAGGCAGGCGGAUCACGAGGUCAGGAGUUCAAGACCAGCCUGGACAAAAUGAUGAACUCUUUCUUUACUAAAAAUACAAAAGUUAACCAGGUGUGGUAGCUCACACCUGUAAUCCUAGCUACUCAGGAGGCUGAGGCAGAAGAAUCACUUGAAUCUGGGAGGUGUAUGUUGCAGUGAGCUGAGAUUGUGCCACUGCACUCCAGCCUGGGAGACAGAGUGAGACUCCAUCUGAGAAAACAAACUAAAACAACAAAAAAAUACCACCCCUAAUUAUACAGUUACAAUGAUACUUACUAGUCUUCUCACACUUCUGGAGGCUGACUAGACUCACUUAGGCAGUUCUGGCUCAGGAUGUGGUUGCCUUCAAACAGUAUGGUGUUAGAAUACUGUCAAAGGUUUUCUUGCUCAAGUAUCUCCUGGUUAAUGUGGGCUGUCAACCAGGGCAUCAGCUGGGGCUAUCCGGUGGAAUACCCACACGUAACCUCCCUACAUGGUCUGGGCUUUCUGACAAAAUGGUGAAUGGGUUCUAAGCACACCCACCCCAGGAAGGAGAGCCAAGUGGAAACAGUAUCAUCUUUUAUGACCUAACUUUGGCAGGUCAUGAGCAACACUUCACUGAAUUCUACUUACAGAUGCAGGAGACUAUGGUCAUUUUCAAGGGAAGAGAAACUAAAUUCUAUCUUUUGAUAACAAGUGUAAAAAAAUUUGAGGACAACUAUUCAGAAUAGUGGAGAGAUGGAAUCAAUCUAAGUUUUCUUCCCUCGAUGGAAAAAACAAUAAAACGUGGCAGCCAGGCACAGUGGCUCACACCUUUAAUACCAGCACUUUUGGAGGCCAAGGCGGGCAGAUCAUCUGAGGUCAGGAGUUUGACACCAGCCUGGCAAACGUGGCAAAACCCCUUCUCUACUGAAAAUACAAAAAAUAGCUGGGUGUGGUGGCACACACCUGUAAUCCCAGCUACUUUGGGAAGCUGAGGCAGGAGAAUCACUUGAGCUUGGGAGGCAAAGAUUGCAGUGAGCUGAGAUUGCAUCACUGCACUCCAGCUGGGGUGAGAGAGUGAGACUCCAUCUCAAAAAAAAAAAAAAAGAAAAAGAAAAGAAAAGUCCAACAUUCAGAAAAUGCUUUAUAUAAUCAAAGUGAAUCAAUCAGAGUAUAAAAGAACUACAUUAACGCAACUGAAAAAACUGUGGAGAUUAGAGAUAGUAAUCUAACACUGGGUUGUCAAUUGACGACCCUGAGUUAAAGAACCUAAAAAAAACAAAAACAUAAAACGGCUGGGCACAGCGGCUCAUGCCUGUAAUUCCAGUGCUUUAGGAGGCUGAGGUGGGAGGAAAGCUUGAGGCAAGGAGUUUGAGGAAAGCCUGGGCAAUACACCAAAACCCCAUCUCUACAAAAGUGACAAAACUUAGCCAGGUGUGGUGCACACCUGUAGUUCCAGCUACUCGGGAGGCUGAGGCAGGAAGAUUUUUUGAGCCCACGAGUUUGAAGCUGCAGUGAAAUAUGAUGUCACCACUGUGUUCUAGAACUUGGGUGACAACAAAGCCCUAUAGAAAGAAAGAAAAGAAAGAAGGAGAGAGAGAGGAAGGAAGGAAGAAAGAAAG